AUGGAAGUAAUCGUCAGGCGAGUUGGUACAACCAAAAACGAGGUGUUGUAUUUUGGAAAUCGAUCCUAUUGCUACGACAGACUUCAGAAGUAUAACCUUGCACUUGAAGAUGCUGAAACCUCCAUCAGACUCGCUGGUGACUGGCCGAAAGGUUACUUCAGAAAGGGAAGAGCACUCGUUGGAAUAAAGAGGUAUGCUGAGGCAGAAUCUGCAUUUGAACUGGUGCUGCAGCUGGAUAAAGACUGUGAUGAUGCUGUUAAUGAGCUCUUCAAAGUUCGUAUGUUUAGACUGAUGAGCAUGGGUUUCACUCAGCAACAAAGCUUAAUGGCACUCCAGCAACAUCGAACUGUCGAAGCUGCACUAGACUCUCAUUUAGUGUUGCAUUUUCAACGGUCAAAUUCUGCGAUUUUAGAGAUGCCUGAGGAAGAGGACCAUUUAUAUUUGAUCGACUUUCCUGUGAAUGGGGAUCAAACUGAGUUACCUUGCGCGUCAUUGUGGGUUGGAAAUGUCACUGUUCAUGUCAAGGAAAAACAGCUUAAAGAUCUGUUUAGAAUUUAUGGGGAGAUUGAAAGUAUCCGGGUACUACACGAACGGUUCUGUGCAUUUGUCAACUUUAAGUGCCACUUGGCAGCUGCUAAAGCAUUGGAGGCCUUGCAGGGCAAGGAGAUUGAGAACACAAAGCUGCUAAUUAGAUACCCUGACAGAUAUCUGAAUAAACGAAGCUCCCCAUUGCCGAAACCGUCUGUCCCAGUGCGAGCGUCACCUCAACCCCUAAGUGGGACCACAGCAGGCGGCAAACUGAAGAAGAGGCACCGAAUUUAGCAGUUUUAAUAGUUUCUUUCAAAUCUGGACACAGAGAAACCUCGUUGCAAUCAUUGUUUUCCGAUUGAACACCCAAUGAAAUGAAGGACGAUCUCAUGCAACAAUUGGAUGGUCGUUUCACACCUACUAAAUAAGAGUUUGCCAUGGUGCCAAUCUUAAGAAUUCGAAAGACAUCCAUUCUCAAUGACCAGAUAUAGCCAUUUGGCUUGGAAAGAUUUAAACAUUUCUAGUCUUGUAUCAUAUGUUGCGAUUCUAAGCUGAAGGUCGAGAAAAUUGAAAUGCCAAAUAUUUAUUAGAGUUACUAACUUGCUGUUUUUAAAAAUAUAUAUAUAGAAGUAUAUAUACUCUUAACUGUGCACAGCUGCCAAGCAGUAAAGAUUUGCAAUAUGUAUACAGGCCCCAGAGUAAUGUUUUUGAUAUUUGAGAAGGUUUUCUGUUGACCUGUGUGAAAAUUUUGUAAGUGUAAAUUCCAUUGUCACUUUGUACUGUCUUGCGGUUCUCAAACAUUGACUACUAAUUUCAACUAAUAGAGAAGUUUAGACUUUAGUCCUGUUGCACCAACUUGUUUUACAAACUGUACUCUCUCAAAUUGCCCAUUUUUACCAUAUGAUAAUAAAGCAUACAAACAUGGCUGUGA